AUGUUACAGACGUUCGGCGAUGUAGCGAUGUUCAAGAGCCUCAAAUAUGAGCAACCCAACCCUGCACCUAAUACAGCGAUAGCCAUAUUCUCGCACGCCGAAUCAGCCACAAAGGUGCUGAAAGCUUCCCCGCUACGGUUCACCUUGGAGAGGGUCUCCGGCGAGGAGGCCGCGAGAGACCAGGAUGACAAUACACUGGAAGACAACGCAGAUGAUGCAGAGUUUGUGACGGGGCGUGGUUCCGGCAGAACAGAUGCUGAAGAGCUGGUACGACCAAGCACGUUGCUACACAGCACCGCAGGAGAUGGCAAGUGGGGCUCCUUUGGACAGAGCCAGUCGAUAUCGCUACUAGAUGAACCUUCACUAGAGCCAUCUUCCUCUGGUCCCUCCCACACAGUGGCGAACACCUCCAGUCCCCCCACGACCCAUCCGAACUCAGCGGAGGAGCAUAUCCCUUCCGCAAAGGAGUUCAAGCUCAUUGCUGACGUCUCAACGAUGGACCACCAGAAAUACUUGGAGCUGUCACCAUACUAUUACGGAUUCCAUAUAAGGAAGAACCUGAUCACGGAUGACUUAGCAAAAUCAGUGCCGCUGAGGGGCCUCAGUGAACACAAUCCAAAGAACACCGAAGCACCGGUGCGAAUAGUGCAGAGAAGAGCGGCAGAUGUUGCGAAUCGCAAGACGUUACGCCAGCUGUGGCAGAUAGGCAUGAAGAGGAAGGAGGAAGCACCGCAUAUUACCGAAGCCUACAAGAGUCCUUCCGUUUGA